GUGCCCUGUCGGCGGCGCGGUGUCGGAGCGUGCCGUCAUGGCGGCGGUAGUGGCGAGUGGCCACGCGCAGUCCGGCGGUGGUGAUGAGGCGAAAGCAGCGAAGGACACCAAUGGCUCGUACGCCCAAGCCGCGGCCCGCGUGUCUUCCCGGGAGCCGGCUGCCGUUUCCAACGGAUUAACCGACGAAGGCUCCAAUGGAGCACCCGCGCAGGGACUAGGCCUAAGCAGCAAUAUGGUUCGGCCCAGUUCGUGCGCGCAAGUGGCCGCCGAGGUGCCCAGGACAAACCCGUGGGUGAAGCGCAAUGCGCAAGCGGCCUGCUCUGCCAGCCGCGCAGCUGGUGGCCACCCAGGUGCGUCCUCCCGCAAGGCGGAGGAAGACUGGCCCAGCCUUGGACCAGCUGCUGCUCAGGUGGGUGCAUUGUUGUCAAGUAGGUUGUCAUCACUGCAGCUGCAUCUUGCACAGAAUGAGGCCAGUCACCAGCACAGUGAGGACGAGGACUCUGCCAAGGAGAACAGGGAUGGUGCAACCAGCACCACGCCAGACUCGUCGGCUCGCAACACGCCCCGCUCAGGUCCUCGCAAAGGCAAUAAGCAGAAGUGGGUUCCCUUGGACAUUGAGCCGGCCAAGCCUCGUAAACCAGCCGGACAUGAAGCCCGGCCCGGAAGCCGAAUAACAGAAGGAGGUGAACGCCGAGGUCGCAGCUUCCGUGGACGGCAGCGAGGAGGACGGACGGGCCGCUCCUGGAAUGCCCCGCGUACCCAGUCCAGCAACAGGGCCCCUGAGGAGAGCUUUGCGCCUGGUGCGGCGGCCGGCCCAAUCGCCUCCUCCUUCCUGGGCACGUACUACUUCAACCAGGGCUACAUCAGCGUCGACGAGGCCACAUUACGCGAGUAUGUGCGCAAGCAGGUCGAGUACUAUUUCUCCGAGGAGAAUCUUCAGCGAGACUUCUUUCUGCGUCGAAAAAUGGAUGCCCAGGGUUACCUCCCACUGAGCCUGAUUGCAUCGUUCCACAGGAUACAGGCGUUGACCCAGGACGUGGCCCUUGUCAUGGAGGCGGUGCGUGAGAGCCCUCUGCUGGAGCUCAACGACGUCAAGGUGCGCACAAUCAAGGACCCCACGCGCUGGCCACUGCCUCAAGCACCGCUGCACCCCGAUGUGCCGGCCUUUGUGCCAGGCCAGCCAUACCCACCCGCGGCAGACGCGGGCAACGAGGCAGACACCGAGGAACCUCCCGAGGACCAGGGCUGGAAGGAAGUGCGGCGCCGUAACCGCGCGCACCGGGCUCGCACGGCCUCGCAAAGCCAGGCGGCACCCGAACGCGAGGAGCUCGAAUUCCAGUUUGACGAGGAGUUGCAGCGAGCACCCGAUGGACGCAACAACACGUUCACUGACUGGUCCGAUGACUCAGACUACGAGUUCAGUGACACUGAGGUGAACAAAAUCCUGAUAGUGACCCAGACUCCACCCCCACCAUCUGGCCUACGCAAGCACGAAGGCUACGAUCGGACAGGUGACUGGACGAGCCGAGUGAAAAUGACCCAGGAACUGGCGCAGGUGAUCAACGACGGGCUCUAUUUCUAUGAGGACGACCUGUGGAAUCAAGUGGACAGGCAAGAGCAGCAGAUGUACCGCACUGUGGAGGUGGUGAGCGAGGAGGAGUUUGCCCAGCGCCAAGGCCCGAGACAACGGUCGGCAAGCAGUGCAGGGCAGGCACCACCGCCCCCGCCACCUCCACCCAUACCGGAGGGCACACCGCGGAGCGCCGCAGGCCGCACCCCGCGCAAGGACCCCCGAGUGGCACCCCGCUUUUACCCCGUCGUUAAGGAGGGCAAGCCAGACACACCGCGCAAGCAGAAGACUCGACACAGCAGCAACCCUCCAACAGAACACCACGUGGGUUGGGUGCUGGACGUCCGGGAACACCGGUCCCGAGCAACCUCCAUUGGGGAGAUCGCCGACACGGUGGUCCUUGGCAGCACUCCCCACUCUCUACCCACCUUCGAGCAUCCGAGUCAUGCCCUGCUCAAGGAGAACGGCUUCACCCAGUUGGUCUACCACAAGUACCGGUCGCGCUGCCUCAAAGAGCGCAAGCGACUUGGGCCAGGCCAGAGCCAAGAGAUGAACACACUGUUUCGCUUCUGGUCAUUCUUUCUGCGUGAGCACUUCAACCGCAAGAUGUAUGAGGAGUUCCGGAGGCUGGCCCUGGAGGAUGCACGGGCAGGCUACCGGUAUGGCCUGGAGUGCCUAUUUCGUUUCUACAGCUAUGGCCUGGAGAAGCACUUCCGGCCAGACCUGUACGCGGACUUCCAGCAGGAGACGCUGAGCGACUGUGACCAGGGACAGCUGUAUGGGCUGGAGAAGUUCUGGGCUUUCCGCAAGUACUACCGCCUCAGCCACCAGUGCCCUGUCGAGCCUCGGCUGGAGUCCCUCCUGCAGGGGUACCGCAGCAUUGACGACUUCAGGAUAGACGUGGAGAGACCGCCGCGUCAACGCACCGGAGCCUUGUGAGACAUUACUGUGUGCCUUGUAGGCUCAGCCUGGCAUUGCCAGGCUGCAAGCCUUCUUUUCUUGGGUGGUAGAGCCUUUUUGCACUUUGCCAUUGUAUAAAAUACCCUUGCUGAGAAGAAUAAAUGCCUGUUUUAGUAUUUACAAA